CUGUAUGUUAAUCUACCUGAUGUACUAAUAGUCAGUACAUCGGUAUCGGGGACAACACACGUACAGUGACAUGCAACAUGUGUAACACGAGUGUAUCUACAUAUGUGUUUACUGACAUUGUGUAUCGGACGGAUUUAAGAUGAGGGCGCUAGUUUUGUUGAUAGCCGAGUUUUACUGUUUCCAGUUAUGUCUGUGUCAGAUGACACACCAUGUUCUGGAGGAAGGGGACAUAUUUCGUUUUUCCUGUGACGUCAGCGUUAACCCUCUACAUUUAAUAUUUGACCCCGUGUUCUUCGCGGUGACGAAAGGUGACGUCAUGACAGGAAUUGCUAUUAAUACAGACGUGGAACCUGAAAGUGGCUUCCAACUCCAUCACUUCACAACAGGACCAGAAAAUCAAACUACUGUAGUAGAAAUUUCAAAACGUGUUACGGUGGCGGACUCGGGAAACUAUACAUGUGGCUCAAAGGUUGCAUACCACAAAACAGAAACUCUCAAGGUUACGAAAGGUGAUAUCGGUCAUGUGUCUUUCACUUUAAGAAACCUCGAUAAAGAUGUAACAGGAUCGGAAGUCACCAUUAACAGAGAAUCAAGGACGCCCGACCUCUCGUUACAGGAAGUGAACAUAACUUCCGGUACAUAUAGACUUGUUUGUGCCACACGAAGACAAGAUAUAACCGUAUCUUACGUUAUAUUUAUAAAUGGUCUUAAAGUUGCUCGUACUUCAACUGUGGACCUGGAUCUGAGCUCUGAGGAUAGAAAUGUCGCCUGUCGCGUUAGCACGACAGAGAAAUUUACUGAUACCCACACUCUCGGGUUUUCUACCAAUGUCCAUGAAGGCGUUGCACCAAUUGUUUCCUGUCAGCCAAAGGUAUGGGUGAAAGGUAAACGGGAUCAAGUGGAGUGCCGUGUGGCAGGUGCUGUUUGUGACGACAUAUCAUUGGAUACCGAGGAAUUGUCGUCAAGACAGAAUAACAACGCCAUGGUUUUGUCAUGUCAGACGAACCAGACAGGAGAGACAGUGUUUAGUAUUCUUCAACUAUCAGAUGUGAAUAUGGAAGUAUUCUUCAUCAAAGUAAAAACUCACCUAGAAGACUUCCGGUUCGAAAUCAAAUCACAUAUAGCGCCUCGCUACACCGCCCUCACCAGUACGGCUGACAGCACGGGAUCACAGUACAGUUUCGCCUUUAAAGCUGUUGUCACAACACUGUUGAUGCUCCCAUUUGCAACCAUUCUGGAAAUGAUAAUCAUGUAAAACAACCACCUUGUACAUUUUACAGAAAGUCACAGUCUUAAUGAAGUCUGUUUAGGAACGGUACUGAUACGCUGUGACAUUGUGAUGGACUUCACCCUACCUAAAGGAAGAUGGCAUGGACUACACACCAUCUUCGCUAGCCAAGGCGUCUGAUUGGGUAUACUCCUCAUCUUCUCUAGCCAUGGCUUCUGAUUGGGUGUACUCCUCAUCUUCGCUAGCUAAGGCGUCUGAUUGGGUAUACUCCUCAUCUUCUCUAGCCAAGGCUUCUGAUUGGGUGUACUCCUCAUCUUCGCUAGCCAAGGCUUCUGAUUGGGUGUACUCAUCAUCUUCUCUAGCCAAGGCUUCUGAUUGGGUGUACUCAUCAUCUUCUCUAGCCAAGGCUUCUGAUUGGGUGUACUCAUCAUCUUCUCUAGCCAAGGCUUCUGAUUGGGUGUACUCCUCAUCUUCGCUAGCUAAGGCUUCUGAUUGGGUAUACUCCUCAUCUUCUAUAGCCAAGGCUUCUGAUUGGGUAUACUCCUCAUCUUCGCUAGCCAAGGCUUCUGAUUGGGUAUACUUCUCAUCUUCUAUAGCCAUGGCUUCUGAUUGUUUAUACCCCUCAUCUUCACUAGCUAAGGUUUCUGAUUGGGUAUACUCCUAAUUUCUCUAGCCAAGGCUUCUGAUUGUGGUAUAUUCCUCAUCCUCGCUAGCCAAGGCUUCUGAUUGGAUAUACUCCUCAUCUUCUCUAGCCAAGGCUUCUGAUUGGGUAUACUCCCCAUCUUCUCUAGACAAAAUUUCUGUUUAUGCUAGACUCCUUGCUUGCCAAGGCUUUUGAAUGCAUUCCGCUCCAGGAGCAAUCAGAGGCUAUGGCUAGCGAAGAUUGGACUACACCAACCGGACAGGGGGACAUCAUUGUUACUGUGUUACCGUUGUCUUUAAUACGGUUAUAGCCAGAAGACUGAUAGAGGCAGUGUUACAUCAUGACUAUUCGGUAAUGUGAUAGAGAACAAUGAAAUAAGUUCCAUCAUUGUCUCCGUCAGUAGAUAUUUAAUGGCGGCCGGUCAGCUUUUAUAAGCCAUCAUAAUCCAAUGGGCUAAAUCAUUAUAAAAAAUGUCCAAAUAACGUAAUGUUGAAGAUAUAUUUUAGAUUAAAUAUUUGCAGCCAAGAAACCAACAGGCCCGUGCCUCUUCAAUACGUGUAUGAAUAUUAAGGUAAAAAUAUUUUCAAUUGCAGUUUAAUUGUUUUUCAACAUCACAUUUGUUCUUACUUCUUCCAAACCUUCCGUCUGACCUGUCAAUUUAACUGUUUGUUACGUUUGUUUUUGUUAUCUUUUCUUUAUUUUGUUUGUUGUUAUGUGAUUCCUUGGCCUGUCCAAACAAUGCGGUAUUAGCUGUAAUAUAUAACAGUGCUAUUACCUGUAUAACAAUGCAAUGUAUAUGUUUGAUUUUAUAAUUCUGUAUGUCGUCCGUGAUGGUGACAAUCAUCGCUCUGUAAUACACUCUUAAAGAAUAAUAAGAAUGUCGUAAUGGGGAUACCAGGAAGACAUCUAUACAUCUAUCAAUAAACUCGUAAUUAUUUCACUUGUCAUAAUCACUCACCCGAAAAUUGCUGCAUUUAAAAACUUGUGAAAUAACACAAAAAAGGAACCAUUUUCAUUAUCAUUUUAAGUUAAAAUACUUACAUUCGAAAUAGACCAACCUUUCAGUGUGUCAAUUUAACCGUUUUGUCACCCCCAACCUUUCAGUGUGUCAAUUUUACGGUGUUUGUUGUGCUUUUAAUCCUGUUACAUCCUGUCUAAACAACACGGUGUUUGUUGCAAAAUACAGUGUAGAGCAAUGCAAUGUAAUUCUAUGUUAUUUUGUAUAUUUCUGAAUUGUAGAGUUGUGAUUAUUACAAUAAUACUCAGCCACAUUUUGUUGUAUCUAUGACACACGAUAUAACUGCAGCUAUACCUGUACAUAAUACCAAAAAUAUAGAUAUAACACAUGUAAUUAUCGCUGUAGGAUCAUAGCUAUGUUACUUUAUAUAUAGAUAUAAUGUCAGUAUUGAGUUGCAUGUUUACAACUUUUGAUAACCUGUAGGUUCAGUAUUAUCAUAGGUAUGAUAAGGUAAAUAGUAAACUACGUGUACACGUGUGAUUCUGAUAGAAAUUAUGUUAUGUUUCAAUACUGUUUUGUAACAAUAUACAUGUAUAUCAUAUUGUAUAUUGCCGUAAACUAACUUGUUUUCGCGACGACUUGAUUUCGCGUUUUCAUGCAUAACGACUUGUUCGCUGUUAUUUACUGCGCGAUUUAUAAGUCAUAAACUCCUACUGUACUUGUCAGUGAAACUAUUUCGCGGUGAUUGAUUUUCGCGAAUUUUUAUCACCGCGAUAUACGCAAAAAUUAAUUGCACGUGAAAAUAAGUUGUUUUAUAGAAUGUAUUAGUUUCUAUUGACGCUGAGUACACAAAUCUCGAGUCAUAAGUGUUUCCUGUGAAUUGUAAAUAUUGAUUAUGACAGAAAUGAUGUUCAGUUUUAGAGACGAAUUGUUAUGUUUCAUUUCGCUUUUUGUUGCAAUUUGUUUCAUGUGGCACAUAUCACAAUAUGUUGAGCAUAUCACAAUUUAUAACAAUUUUACCUGUGAUAUGUAAUAAAGUAUCAUAAACCAACCAAUCAGAGAACAGGCUUUAAUGAGCAAAAUGACAGAAAUCGGCAGUGUAAACUGUGACGUCAUUAUUGCUUUAAAGUUUCCAGUUUGUGUAUCAUCAUGUGUCACAAUAUUUUGAAAGAAUAUGCACUACAUGGAGGUUCAUUAUUUGAUAUAAUAAAGAUAAUAAUAUUUGUAUCGUGCUAGAUAGCAAUGAUAUGGAUGUAUCACUCGUGGGAUGAAUAUUUACAAAGACAUCAAAGUAUUUACCUCAAGUGUAUAAUAUAAUUGUAACUUCAAUGUUUGCUUCAAUGUUUAUUUCACUUGAAGCCUUGCAGCUCAUAAUCAUACAAUUAUAACAACAUAUAAACAAUAGUCAAUGAUGAUGUAUACUACAUAAGUAUAUCAUCAUUACGAAACAUGAUCGUGUGCAUCGUAUGCAGCCUUAAAUUAAAAAAAAAUAAACAAGAAAAAUUAUGAAGAUGGACAUCUCUAUUAUAUUAAAUCUGUAUUACCCAGUUUGUCUCAAACAAUGUUUUAAUAAUAAAUGAGUUGUUAAUAUUUUUGAAAAUUCGAGGUUCAAUAAAAUAUAUCUAAAUUUAAAAACUUGUUCCAGAAAGCUACUUAAGGAUUAACUUGAAUAUAUUUUCUUUGUCGUGGAGAUACAACACAAAAAAGAGGGAACUCUAAAACGCCACGAAUUUCACAUAUUCAAGUUAAUCCUUAUAAUUACAUUUUUAAUUUUAUUUCCGUUAUUUCCUUUUUACAUACAUUAAUUUGUAUAAUUACACAAUAAUUGUACAUAUUCCCUGUGGGUGUCCACUUUUAAUUGCCGAACUCUUUUCUCUUAGAAAUUACUACGCUGCUGUGUCAGCCAGUUAAAAGAAAGGUUACAAACGGUGACGCCAUAUUUUUACGUUAAUUUGUUUAAGCCAAUGAAAACAAUUGUUACAAGAAAGAUUAAAUUAUUGUAGUUUACAUAUCAUAAUUAAUAUUACAAUGUAAAUGAAUUCCAUUGUAUUUGUUGUGACAAAUGUACAUCUUAUAAAACAAUACAAAUUACUGUGUCAUAACAAUAGGGUAUUUUCCGUCAUCCAAAUCAUUGUUUUCUCGCGCCAGUAAACAAAAGUGAUUGAAAAAUGUUUUUUUAUCUAUUAAGUUAGUACAUUUAUUAAACAGGGUUCUCAAAGUCAUUUAUUUUCUUCGUCAGCAACACAUGUUUGUAUAAAUGACCGUUCUAAGUAAACUAUGGUAUAAUUCAUGCACUCAGUACAAAUAAACAUAAAUCACAAACUCUAUUUAUUUAUAGCCACGUGCUCUAUUUACUCGUGAGCUCGUGUUGAUUGUUACUAAGGUUACUAAAUGCUUGUUAUAUUCAAUAAAAAACGUUAAUCCA